AACUUUUCGGUCCACGUGACGUCAUCAGGUGCCCUAAAGAUGGCGGAGUCGGAGGAGGAGGUGGACGUCCUGGUCCAGAGAGUUGUGAAAGACAUCACGAACGCCUUCAAGAGAAACCCCAACAUUGAUGAGAUUGGCGUGAUCCCGUGUCCAGAGGCCCGCUACAACCGCAGUCCCAUUGUGUUGGUGGAGAACAAGCUGGGUGUUGAGAGCUGGUGUGUCAAGUUCCUGCUGCCAUAUGUCCACAACAAGCUGCUGCUCUACCGCCAGCGCAAGCACUGGCUGGACAGGGAAGCUUUAGCAGAUAUCACCUGCACUCUGUUGCUGCUUAACCCGGACUUCACCACCGCAUGGAAUGUCAGGAAGGAGCUACUGCAGUGUGGAGUUCUUAACCCAGAGAAGGACCUCUACCUGGGCAAGCUGGCCCUCACCAAAUUCCCCAAGAGCCCGGAGACGUGGAUACACCGACGCUGGGUGCUGCAGCAGAUCCUGCGUCAGUUCUCUGCUGUGGGCCGCAGCAGGAAGCAUCAGCAGGGUGAAGCAGAGCAGCCUGAUGCAGAGAGGAACCAGCAGCUCAGCGACCAUCUGGCCAGGACGCUCCAUCAAGAGAUGAAGGUGUGCUCUGACGCUGCAUGCCGCUAUCCCAGCAACUACAACGCCUGGUCCCACCGCAUCUGGGUGCUGCAGCACAUGGCCAAGAGCAACGUCAAGGUUUUCCAUGAUGAGCUGUCCUCUAUGCGCCUAUGGGUGUCCAUGCACGUGUCUGACCACAGUGGCUUCCACUACCGACAGUUCCUGCUCAAGGAGCUGAUCACUGAGCUCUCCCAGACUCCAGCUACCACCACCACAACCACCACCACCACCAAUUCACCCCAGCACCGGUGCAGCACAGUCCCCAGCAGCAGUCCCCAGCAUCACAGCCACGGCCAGGCUAAUGGGGAGCUGUCGGGAGCAGAAGCAGCGGGUGAGGAGGAGAGGCAGCUCGGCUCCACCGCAGUCCUUCAACUCUUCCACCAGGAGAUGGAGCUGUGCUCAGACCUGAUCCAGUCCUUCCCUGGUCACGAAACACUUUGGAGUCACAGGCGGCACGUCUUCUACUUGUGGCAACACUGGAGGAGGGAACACCAGCACCACUGCAGCAGCAGCAAUGGAGGCAGCAAGUCGGACCUCCUUAACAACAGUGACCCGGGUCUGCCGAAGGUCAGCGCUCCAAGCUGUGCAGGCAGGGGGGACAGUGUGAACGGACAGAAGCAUGCUAGUGAAGCUAUGGAGGUAGACGGAGCUUCCUUGCCGGACCCGCGUGACAGCAAGCGACUGAAGAGAGGCGUCCUGCUGCCCAGCACCCCCGCCCUGCCCUCUGAGCACAGCUUUGUGAGCGGUAUCCUGGACAGCUGCUGUAACCCCGAGCAGAGACGCUUCGCCCUGGCGUACAAGAAGUGGUUAGACACUGUUAUUGGUCAGCAGCCUUGAGAGAGGGAGAGAGCAAGGGAGAGAGAAAACAGUUAGCCUCAUCAAUCUUUCUCAACAUUGAAGUUGCCUUUAGACACAGAUUUAGGAUCAGCUUACCUACCUGUAGUGCUGACUUUAACUAAUAGUGCUUCAGAUGCAGUGAUGACUUUAGAAAUCAGUCAUGGGGCAGCACGGUUACUGUCCUAUUCUAUUCUCCUGACAGUGAGUAGAGAGGAUGGGGUCCUAGAGUAAGGAAGAUUUGACGUCUGUUAUUCCUCGGAUACAUCUGGAUUCUCUUGAGCUUCAUCUGAGCCAGUACCCCUUCAGAAUGGAAAUCUGCACACACAGAGCCGGUUGGCUCGCUAUGUGUCUGUUGGUAGAUUCUGUUCUUAUUCCAGGUGUCUCAAUGCCUCAGGUCAAAUUGCCACUGCUUGUUUUAGUGCCAGUUUGACAUUCAUUUUGCACAUUUUACUUCAUUUCUGUUCAAAUAUUUCAGCAAAGAAAGUAAAUGAAGCUGCUACAGGAGGAGAGGAACAACGUAUUUGCAGAUGUGAGAGCAGAGCAGAAUUUACACUCACUAAAAAUCCCACUUGCUCGUAUGGAAUGCCUAAAUAACCAGUAUUAUAUAAAUAAGUAAGACAUUAAAUAAUAAUAAUAUAAAAUAAUCUUAUGAAUAAAUAGAGCAGAAUAUAUAAAUGACCCAAUAAAUUGUGACAUUAUUUAAUAAAUUGUUAAAACUCAGUUAUUAUAAAGUGUUAUUUGUUAUAAGUUUUAUUGGAGCUAUAAAAAAAAGUAUUUUUCUCAAGUGAUUGGCUGAAAGCUGAGGAGGCAGGGAGUGGUGACAACAAGUCUGGAGCAUUUUUAGCUAUAAAUGUAGGGAAAAUGAAUUUAAAUUGCUACUAUGCAAGUGAUGAAAUGUAAUUUCACAAUAACAAGUUGAGUUUUAACAAUGUACAUUUUAUUUAUUUUUUUCAGCUGCUCACGAGCUGCAGUGUAAUCCUAUUGGGGCAAGCUGGCACCGUCAUUUACAUCCACUAAAAGUGCAUGUUUUUGCCAUGGCAGGCUCUGAUUGUUGUUACAAGUGUCUGACAUUAUGGGAAGAGUCUCGCUCAAGGAGAAGUCUUGUUCUGAAAUCUGGCGAGGGAACGUCUUGCUGGAAGACAACGGUGGAAUAGUGGGCAGAGUUUGUUGUGUUGGAGUACAGAAAGCAUAGCUUAGUGUCAUCUAAAAAAAUUCUCAAUGUCAUAGCUGAAUAUUUAGAUGAUUUCCACAAUGUGGAUGAGGUCUUUGAAUUAGAUGGCCGCCCUUAUUUAUUUGAGCCAGAGUAUUGGGAUAUUCAGAUUUCACAAUGAGACUUCUCCUUGAGUGGGAGUUGAACACAAUAACAAACAGACCAGAUCAAACGAAACGGAAAGAAAAAUGUUUUAUUUCUCUGUUUCCAUAAUGUUGUCAGACACUUAUAAUAAAAAUCUGUUUGUGUUGAAAUUCACUCAGCCCCUCACGUGUUGCAGUGGCAGGUUUUAAGCACAGCCAGACUCCUGUUUUUUCUUUGAAACUCCUUAGAUUUCCAUUCUGAAGGCGGUAACAUUUAUUAACCAUGUCAUGUUCUCUUUGUCUUUUCUUCUGUUUGGUCCUCGGUUUGCUGCUCCUGGUCGAUUUUUACUGGUCAAUAUAGUCAGUAAGUCCUAACUAUGUAGCUAAGUGCUAAGUUACAGUAGCUUGCAACAGAAAGCCAAAAAGUUAGUCGUUAGCUAAAUAAACAGGUUACGUUUGCUCUGUGAGAAGUCAUGGCUAACUUGCAAGUCUUACAUUCUGCCAACCUGAAGCACUAAAUAUAUAAGCAGAGAAAACGUUAGCUUUACCAGUUUAGCGGUACUGAAGGAUAGGGAAGCGAGUCUCCCCAACAUUCACUGGUGCUACAUGCUGCCGUUUCUACAACUACAUCUGUUACAGGUGUGUGGUGUGCAACAGGUGAAAACUGAACAGCACUUUGGACUAUUUGAUGAUAAUAGGCAAUCAUUGUUUUGUGGGGUAUAUUAUUGCUAAUCUAUUUUUGAAAUAUUGUCUGUUAUUUUGCACCAGGCUAGUUAACAGUAGUCCUAGCUUGCUGCUUUCGUCACUACUACCUUGUACAAAAAUAGAGGUAACAUCAAAAAAAGGUCAAAGUCUACAUUCUGUUUUUGUGUUGAGGAAUAAUUUAUAUAGCACACUCUUAAAAAAAACAUGUUGUAACAUACUGUAUCUGCACAGUCCAUCCCUUCAAUAAUGUAGAAGGUGAAAACGAUAGCUCUUCCCGCCACGUCGUCUCAUCUAUAUUGAUAAGGGAAGAACGGUAUUCUUGAAUUUGAUUCUAACAAAUCUGAAGUCACCUGUAUUCCAAAUAGUUGCCUAUAGAACAUAGGAUUCAAACACGCAGCUUGAAUAGGAUCCAUCAUUUUGUUGCCCAAGGAUGUUAUGGGUCGUCGUGACUAUAGUUGUUUAGCUUUGUCAAUGACAAUAUCGGCACACAAGUGAACAAAUGCAGACAUUUACACAGAUGAUGUUGUUCCAUCCGUGUAGCCAUGGACACAUUAGCAUUCACUAUAUGUACUAUGUGGUCACAUGCAUCACACCUAAAUGUGGCAGGAGCAUUGGCGUCCCAUUGGGGCCCUAUAAUGCAGUUUGGGUGCCAUUACACCUCUAUAUAGUGGCUUGAUUGGAUUGCCUACAUUGGCUCAUUCUCAGAGACAAAACGGCGGAUUUGUGGAGGAGGGAAAAAAAUGGAUUCAGUGGCCACUGUGCACAGGCUGGCUAGCCAAAAUUGCCUAGCUCCCCAUUACACGUUCUCCAUGUGCUUCCAUGUAACCCUUACCACGUUGUACUUAGCUUCUCUUAGAAAACUACAAUGUAAGAGUUAUGAAGUAAGAUGCUUUAUCACCUCAAAAUCACUGUGUACAUGAUCAUAGAUAAUCUUGAAACUAGUAUUUUUGAGCCAUGUAUUCUUUAGGUUUGUUCAUCGAGAACGGGUGCAUAUCAGAACUGUAUGGUGGGGGGGUAUUUUAACAACCUUGCAGACCUAGAACACAAACUUUGAAUACAAGACUAUCUAUGCAGUAAUGUUUUUUUAAAGGUUCAACAAGCUUUUAAAAAGAAUAAUGUAGCUUCUGUUUUUUGUUUUUUUUUCUAAUUUAUUCUUCAGUUUACUUCAAUGGAGGGUAUGUCCUUCAUGAAUAAUCCCUAGCAUCUCAUUAAUUUUUCUAUUUAUUUAUAGAGUUUAAAGUCUUUUAUCUUCACUUUAAGUGUUUUGUCAUCUGCUUACCAAGAAAAUAAAGCUCAUCUGGGAUAAAGGUA